AUGAGCUCAGCUCUAGAUCUUGAUGGCUCUUCCAAGGGCACCGUGCUCAACGGCCCUUGCGACUGGAAACAAUGGAUUUCUAUCAUCAAGAAAUUCGCCACGUCCCACAGUCUUUGGGACUUUCUGGACCCUGCCGUCAAGGAGGGUAAGCCGGUUCUUCAGCAGCCAGUUGAACCAACAUUCCGACAAAUCAACCACGAAGCAUCUGAUCUCGUGGAUCUGACCUCGGAGGAAUUUCGCCGUCUCGAAUUCCUCCACACCCAAUACCGCUCGAAGCUUCAAGGGUAUAGGGAUCAAGUGAAGGCACUCGCCAGCCUUCAACAACACAUCGUCAAGACCAUCGGCAACUACUACAGCACCAUUGCCGAGGAACACGACGUUGCAAAGCAACUUGCCUUGCUUCAGUCGCCAAACAGGACCAAGAUCGAAGCUUGGGUCACCCAAUGGCAGAAAGUCCUCACUGAGGCAAAGCAAUUAGGGCUUCCUGAUGUCCAGGACCUUCGCCCUACCCAAGAUUUCCUACAGGCUGUUUCGUCCAUCAACGCCCCAUUCACAGACUAUUGGGUCAACAAAAUGGAAGACGAGGCCGUAUUCGGCAAGCCUGAUUGGAAGACGGACUUCCCGGACGGCAUUAAGAUCAGUGAGAUCUUUGAACGAGCUCACCGAAUCAAGGCCGCCAACAACAGCAAAGGAUCAUUCGGAGCUGCCUUCCAAGGCAAGGAGAGAAAUCGGAGAGGAAAUAGGACAAGCCUAAGUGGUCUUCAAGCAAGAACGCUGAUGGUGUUCCUAUGUGUGUCUGCGGAGAAUAUCACCGCUUCGUAG